UGAUGGCAACGGCAGCGUCGGGCACCAAUCAUGACCCCAAUGGACCACCCGCCUUCAAGAUCGUCAAACAGGCGGUCAUCCAGUGCCUAAGAGAUAACAUCAUCUCGAAGCAACUCGGCCACCCUUUUGACCUUGAUGGUCAGGCAGGGGCUCAUGUCGGCUUGGAACUUUCGGAUCGCCUGACUGCCCUUGCCGCGGAGCUUGAUGAGUCUCGCGACGUUUCCACUCGCUUGGUCUCGAGCCUUGAAGUCCAUCAAGACGUUGAGACUGUUGCCGCCAACCUGGGCCCUGAGGUUGAUUCGCUCUUCGAUGAUCUCUUUACCGUGCUCUUCCUUCUCAGUGUCUGGCUGUGUGCCACAUCAAACCAGGGAAAGAAUGCCCUUUCUCUGCAAGGGUUGACGAAACCCAGCAAAAAGAAUCUCCAAAGGAUCGCAUCCUUGCUGUCAGCCGAUCGGCAAAAACUGAUCGCAGCCAUCGACACCAUCUAUGGCCAGGACAGUCACCACCUCAAAGACCUCCAGAACUUGGCAGGUUGGAUGACUCAAACGAUUCACCAAGAAUUAUCCCCCAAAGAUGCCGAUGGUCGCCCGCUUAAGCGAGCCAAGUUGAGCUCAAGCCAGCCCGAUCUCCUGGGUCUUCUCUUGAAGGUCCUCGAUGUCCUCAAGGUGUACGUGCCUGAGCUUGGAUCUGAACGCAAGUCAAAAACGACUGCUCGCAACAAGAACGGCAUUCUGGGCAUGCUGGCGCGCUCGAGUGGUGCCUUCAAGCGUCUGGCAGGGCGAAUUACGGGCCGUUUAAAGGAGGACGAUUUCGUCGCCAAAGUCCAUGCACAGGUCGAUGACUUUUUGAGUUGGCCCGAGUGGCCCCUCGAGCUGAUUCCAAGUCUGCCCUCUUUCAGCAGCAAUGGUGCCGAGCUGCGUUGUCCUUUGACGUAGCUUGUCGCCAUUGGUUGACUGCUGCUCAGUGCGACGUCGCUGCUGCGACUUUGGCUGCAAAAUCCUUGUUCCAACGGAAUAAUGUAUUUUGCAGCCUAGGUCGCGACAGCGGUGUCGUAUUAAGUAGCUGUUCUACUUUGGAAACACACUCUGUCUCCAAAGGUCGCCCAAUGCAAUUCAUGCCACAUCGUUG